GCGCAUGCUAGUUGAGCGCGUGCAGCACGACUUAUUCGAAGCGCGCCAGCUCCGCGUCACUGAGCCCAAGCUCUGCGACAAGAAGGCACAGCAAUACUCUGGCUAUCUCGACAUUGCAGAUGAAAAACACCUCUUCUUCUGGUUCUUCGAAGCACGACACGAACCCGAGAACGCACCACUCAUGCUAUGGCUGAACGGCGGUCCCGGCGCAAGCUCAAUCGCUUCAGGUUUGUUGUUCGAGAACGGCCCCUGCAGGUUCAACGCCUCAAGUGGACGCGUCGUCGAUAAUCCCUUCGGAUGGAACGAGAAGGUCAACAUUAUUUACCUCGACCAACCCGUGGGCACGGGGUUCUCGUAUGGCAGCCCGGGCAGCACAACGCUCGCGAACCUUGCAGUGGACGUGUACGCGUUCCUGCAACUCUUUCUCCGCCGCUUCAAGCGCUACUCCGAGCUUCCGCUGCACAUCGCGGGCGAGAGCUGGGGCGGGCACUACGUCCCACACAUUGCAAGUUAUGUCGACGAACAGAACGAUCGGCUCGUGUACGCACCACGCCGCGGACAGCUUAAAGUCAACCUCAAGUCGAUCCUGCUCGGGAACGGCUUAACGGAGCCAGCGUCGCAGUUCGAGACAAUAGCGGAGUACAUGUGUGGAGGCGCGCCGUACCCGCCGUUCGAGGCCGAGGACAGCAGGUGCAGGACAUGGCAGGCUGAGACCCCUGCGUGCCUGCGAAUGAUCAAUUCUUGUUACCAAUACCAGACUAACGCGACCUGCGUCUCCGCUACCUUGUACUGCUGGCCCGCGCUUUUCGAGGGCCCUUUAUCAGAGAGCGGCAAGAACGUGUACGACUUGCGGAAGUCCUGCGACGAGACACCGUUAGGCCUGUGCUAUGCCGAGUUCGAUGACAUCGCGGCCUGGCUGAACAAGACAUCGACGAAGCGUGCUCUUGGCGUCGACCCAGACUACAACUUCCAGAUGGUCAAUACGGGCGUCCAGGUACCGUUCUACUACAAGGGCCAAGCGAUGCUCAACAGCGCGGCACUCCUCGCUCCGUUGGUAGACCGCGGGAUCCGGCUACUGGCGUACGCAGGAGACGUCGACGGCGUGUGCAACUACAUGGGUAUUGAUCGGUGGAUGAGCCGCCUCGAGCACAAGCACCACACUGAACUAGCAACUGCGCCCGCAGUACCCUGGAGAACGUCGACGAGGUAUCACGCCGGUGAGAUCCGCGCUGCCGGCAAUAAUUCGGUGGCGUUCGUGCGGGUAUUCGAAGCAGGACACAUGGCGCCGUAUGACCAGCCCGAAGCAACUCUGGACAUGAUCUUUAAGUGGGUCGAUGGGAAGGACUUUUGAAAUCAUGGGCUACGGCGACUCUGAUUUACUUUUAUACAAGUAUAGCAUGCAGCUUUUGCUCCGUGUGCAAUGGAACAGUGCAGGCUUAUCACCUAUC